AUGUACAACUUGAAGUUUCUCACCGUUGCAGUUUUCCUGCUGGUCAGCCAGGUCUUCGCAGGCAGAGUCACCUACACUGCCUACGACAAAACCGGCGGUAUCUCUAAAAAGGGCAAAUGGGAACAAAAAGCCGGUGGAUCCAUUCCCGAUGAUAAGGAUGAUGACUUGAUCCAAAACAUCGGAGUUUGGUCAAGCCACCAGUAUACAGCUGCCAGAAACGCAAGAAGCGGUGUUAUCAUUGUUAAGGCCGUCCAGGAGGGCAAGAACAAGAAUGAAGCCACCACGUUGAAUAACCGGGGUCAGCAAAUCGUCAACGAACACAUCAAAUAA